ACGAAAAUUCACUUUCUGUAAAUAAUGUGUUUCGUGAUUCGCUCAACUUAUGGUCAACAUAAUCGCUCUACUGAGCAUACUAUUCGUAACACCAUUACCCAUCUUGAGAUCCAGCAUUCACGCAGUGAAGAAAUUUUAACAGCGGUAGCUGAGAGUGUACAUACACGAAGACAGUGGAGAGUCGACUUGGCGUUGUUUGCAGCACCUCGGACUGACGUAUGGAACGACUUGGCGCAGUUUACAUUGAGAUUUUAAAUUGAAAGCGUACAAAAUACAGCUUGUGUAAAAAUGAUAUUCGAACGAUUCCUUCGAUAAUGUUUGAGGUCUAUGCGGACAAUCCCGCUUCGACUCAAGCCUUGAAGCAAAACAUCACGUUUGUCAUUUGCCUGUUACUUGGCGAAAUGCUCAAACGAGUCAUCAAAAUUGGACUCAACGUAUUGACCAUCUGAGCAGCUGCGACCAACAUUUGAAAGAGACAAUCUCCAAAAAAUAAAUGCAAAAGAAUAUUCUUUCGAAUGAUAAUAAACAUUCCCUAUCUGCAUUUUUUCGACUCGAUGUAAAAUGAUUGUAUUUGAGUAGGGGUUGUUUGUAGUGCCUCGGAUUUCUCAAUUAAUGUUUUCCUUCUUGUAUGAAUUUAGAAGGGUCUUCUGAUAUCCGUCGGCAUAAAUUUACGGGACCAAGCGUGAAGAAGAUAUUACAUGCUGCAAUCUUCUCUUCCGUGCCCGAGCGAAGGUGAACGAACGGUUGCCACGAAAACCGGUCCAUCUGAUUGGAACGGCAGUAAAAUUAUAUCAGACACACCAACUCUAAACAGUCUAAGUCAUAAGUAUUUAUUAUCAAAGCUAUUGUUUCACUUUUUAAAAGUGUAUAUGUACAUAUGUCUAAUACUGAUAUCAAAAGUAUAUGGCAACGAUCCAUGAGUAUUAUUGGACUUACUGAAACAAAUCCCGAUGUAGUAGAACAAUCUAAAGCCACAAAUGGAUCUACGAGGUUGUUGCGUAAGGUAAGAAAGAGCAGAGUCGUGCUAAGUCACUGAUACACGGCUCAUACUAUAUGUUAGGAAUGUUGGAAAAUUUGGAACUAAGAAAAAUAAGUUUUCAAACACUGUUUUCUACUUUACCAAAAUGAAUAAGAACACAAUGAUUUUCUAUUUGUGACUUUUGUUGAAUAAGAAAACUGAAUUUGAAAUAAAGGAAACGCGUACAAUUUGUUAAACAGUCCACACAGUUUCGUAAUACGUCGGCAUUUUAAUCAUGGAAGACGAAAAAGAGAAUUCUUGUCCACGAAUGUAUGGCCACUUAUGCAAAUUCCAUUGGCGAGGCAUUGUACUAAUUGUGGCACCAAUUCUAUUACUGCCAAUCAUAAUACCAGCAUAUGAAAGGCCCUUACGUUGCCUAUAUGUAUUUUCCCUCAUGUCCAUUUAUUGGUUAACAACUGCUGUACCGUUACAAGUGACCGGUUUGUUGCCAUUUGUAUUGCUGCCAUUUCUGGGCCUUAUGGAUUCAACUCCGACGUGUAAACAGUACUUCACGGUACCGUUAGCGAUUUUCAUAGGAGGCGCUAUUGUGGGCCUAAGCAUCGAAUCCAGCAAUUUGGGUAAACGUGUGGCGCUCGGUUUAUUAACAAUGCUGGGAGUUAGUCCCAAACGCAUUAUCCUUACUCUCAUAUUGACUACCGGAUUUUUCUCGAUGUGGAUGCAGAACACAAUCACUACGGCAAUGAUGUUGCCCCUAGUAAAAGCCGUGCUCGACGAAUUCGAGGCGGGCGGGCUAAAGAUUAAGGAGGACAAAAAGCCUGAACAAGACGAAGAGAAUAGAGAGUCCUCACAUAUCGCCACUGGCUAUUACUUGGCAGUAUGUUAUUCGGCAACGAUUGGUGGCUGUGCAUCAUUAAUUGGUACUUCCACAAAUAUAGCAACAAAGGGUCUAUAUGAAAACUUAUUUGUGAAUGCCACGGACAUCAUUGACUUUCCCAAAGCGUUGGCAUACAAUAUUCCUUGGGUGCUAGUAGCCUUAGUGCUCUUGUACUUCACACUUUUAAUUACCCAUUUUGGUCUUUGUCGUCCCAAAAGUGUGACCGGUGCAGCACUUUCUAGCUUCACAAAAAGUUCUAACGAAGUUACGACUGCAGUUAAACAGAAAUUCGAGGAUAUGGGCCCGAUGAGCAUUCAUGAAAUUCAAGUUGCUAUAGUAUCUAUACUCAUGAUAUUUUUGCUUACAUUUCAAUCACCUGGAAUUAUAACGGGAUGGGCUGAUCCUAUGAAUAAGAAAGGUUUUAUUAAAGGAGCUACCCCAAUGAUUGCCGUGGUCGUAAUGCUCUUUUAUUUUCCAGCAAGGUAUACCUUUUUCAAAUUCUGCUGCGGCAAGGGUCCAUUUCCCCCCAGCGCUGAGAAACCUUUACUGUCAUGGAAAUACGUUAAUAACAAUUUCCCUUGGGGGAUCGUUUUUGUACUAGGUAGCGGGUUCGCGCUCUCAAAAACAUUUAUAGAGUCUGGGUUGUCUCUGUGGCUUGCUGAUAAAGUGUCCGCAUUCAGUGGAUUACCAUUACCGGCUUUACAGUUAUUUUCUCUUUUGGUUUCGGCAUUUUUAACGACAUUUACUUUGAAUACGGGCGUGUGCAAUAUCGUUGUACCAAUUAUAGCUGAAAUUGCACGUAAUGCCCAAACGCAUCCACUAAAUUUGGUUUAUCCAGCUGGUCUGGGUUGCUGUGUCGCUUUCCUUUUACCAAUUAGUACGCCACCUAACGCCCUUGUAGCAGAACAAGCCAACAUAAGCUGGAAGAAAAUGUUUGUUGCCGGUCUAAUCCCCACGUUUACAACAAUAAUUCUCAUCUAUCUGAAUUCCAUAUCUUGGCACUUCAUUGUAUUUCCAGCAACUAAAGAUUAUCCUGUUUGGGCUGAGCUCCAGAAGAAGUAAAGACAAACUUUUAACGUUUCUCAUACAU